AUGAAGAUAUGCCUAUGCUAUCUCGGUCACCCUGGAUAUCAACAAGGUAUUGAUCAGGAACUUAAUCAUGUUAAUCAAGCAACGGUAUCUCAGACUGUGGAUAGAGUUGUGAACAGCAUAGUUGCACAGUCGAACGAAUGGAUCAAGUUUCCAACUGCCAACCAUGAACUGAUGGAGGCCAAGCGGAUAUGGCAAAGCAUGUAUAAAUUUCCGACAGCAAUUGGUGUAAGUGAUUGUACACAUAUAGGAAUCCUGAAACCGAAUCGCGAUGGAGAUGAGUAUAUCAACCGAAAAGGGAAACGUGCUUUAAAUGUGCAAGCCACUUGUGAUGCCAUAGAGAUGUUCAUAAGUGUUGAGUAUGUUUGUCGCGUAAAGUUGGAAAAUGUGCCGAAAAUAAUUAUUGCUUGUAUUGUACUCGAUAAUGUUGCAAGGAGCUUGGGCAAUCCUGACUUUGAAUUAGUUGAACAAGACCCAGGUGAAGAUGAAGCAAAUCAUGAGAAUGACGAACUUCCUCUCCGCCAACUAGAUAUCCAAGAAUUCUACGAAUUGACUCUACUAGACGAGAAUAAGUCAGUUCAAGAAAAAACAGCUGAAACGAUACGGAUAGCUAAUAAAUGGGAAGCCAACGAUGGUCCCAUCAUACCGGCGUACACAAAUAAUGAGAUGGCUAUAAAUUUCAAUGGCCUGCUGGCCGCCAAACGGAACCACAUACAGGGUGUCCAACGGAGAGCAAUUGAUUACUAA